GAGAAGGGCCCAUGUCCCAUGGAGCUCCCCCGGAAGGGGAGGGACUUCGCCUCUCUACUCGACUGCUGCUGCAACCCCGGUUUGUGGGGAAGGAAGAUGGCGGCGGAUGAAACUGAAUUGCUUUUGCACUAUUAAAACGGCAAAAAAGCCGUUUUUGCCCCUUAUCACGGUUCAUCAAAUGUAAUGCAAGACGGCAGCGUUAAUCUCCUGCUACAGAUAACAGGACUACAGGACUAAAGGUUUAUUCCUGGAUUCCAUUUCUGUGACGUAUCCUUGUUGGGGCUUCAAACCGCAGGGUCCCGCUGUCUGACUUUUGCACCACUAGUUUUCCUGGCCCAUGGACUUGAGUCCAGCAUCAGGCUUCAAAAGGAGGCCCCUUGCUUCCUUUUCCCCGAGUGGAGAUAAAGAGAUUGCCUGGAGCCCUACUCCCUGCUCGCCAUCCUUGUCUCCAUCCUCUCCUUCAUCUAAUCCGUCUUCUCCCUUAUCUACAUCCUCCUUUGUUUGCAUUAACUUAGGUUAUCAGAGCCAUGUAAAAGCACAGACCCAAGGGACAGAAGUGGCCAAGGUGUCCUCCACUUCUGCCUCUCUAGCAAAGCAGUCACUCUCCUUAACUACACCCAACACCACCUCCUUAGAAUCCUUGACUCACGCUUCAGUGCAACCAGGUGUUGAUUGUGAAGAAGAGGGCAAGAAAAUGGACAUGUAUGAUCCUUUCAAUGAAAUUGAGGGAGUGAAGGGGGAGGAAGGGGAGAAAUAUGACCCCUUUGACCCCACUGGUUCCCCAGAAUCAGACCCUGAUGGAAUUGCAAAAGUCAGGGGGGUGAAAAGAAAUGCUGAGAGAGGUGAUGAGGAAGGAGAGCAAAAGGAAGAACCUCCAGAUUCCACUUAUACCUUGGCGGACCUGCAAAGCCCCAGACCAGCCACCCGACUCCCUCUCAGGAGGAGAGUGGACUGUAGCACCGCAAAAGCUGGGGAGCAUAGGGAGAGUGCUGAGUCUGAUCACUCCGAGAUAGAGGAGGGGGAGAUAGUUGGAGCUACCGACAGGAAUGGAAACAAUAAAAGACCAUCAACUGGAGAAAUUACCCAACUUAAUUCUCCCAGUGUCUCCUUUUUUGGCUCAAAGCCAGAGCGCAUCCUUCGGGUGCUGGACGGGGACGGCUUUGUGUCUGUGUGCACAGAGAGCAGCUGGGAUGUGGACAUGGAGCCUGAGGACGAGCCUGUGGUAGAAGUGGAGGAUCUUAGGAGGAAGCUGGUCAACAGGCGAAAGGAAAGAUAUCUAUCUUUUCCUUCUCCUUCCCCUAUCUCUCCUCAGUCACUGCCUCCUCCCUCAAAUCCUCCAUCUUCCACUCCCUCUCCCCCUCUCACACUUCCGGUACAACAAGGCAUCAAGAACCACAGCAAGUCCUCCAAGAUUUCCAAGGACCACGACCAACCGAAAAGCAAGAAUAGGAAGGCAGGGGACAAGGAGGAGAGAAGAAAAAAGAGUAGGAAGGACAAAGAGGGAUGUCGGGAGAGGAGCAAAGAAAAGGAAAAAGGCCAUAAGUCCGGGAAGGAGGUAAAACAAAGAAGGAGCAGCAGGAGCAGUAGCCGGAAGAGAAAGAAAAAAACGCUUAGCAGCCCAGAGCUCUCAAGAUCCUGCAACUCUUCAGGAAGGGGGAGGCACACCAGACACUCCUUUUCAAGCCAAUCUCUAGAAAUAGACAGAGAAAAAGAUAAAGACAGAGAGAGAGAUAGAGGAAGAGAGAGAGACAGAGACAGGGAUCGAGACAGAGAGCAAAGUCAGACCACUAGCCAAAGAAGAGAUGAGAGAGUUAGAGAUUCUAACUCCAAAAGUAAAGACAGACAAAGAAAAAGAAGACAACACUCAAGCAGCAGAGAGCGAGGCGUUCCAAAGAGGUCUAAACCAAGCAGGGAGAAGAGGGACGAAGAGAGAGACGGGCAGCAUGAGAGGGAGCGACGUCUGGACGGUCGUCCUGUUGUUCCGCCCUCUAUCCAAGACCUCACUGGGUCUGACCUCUUUGCCAUCAAGAGAACCAUCACAGUCACCACCACUACAACCACCACCACAGUACCUGGCUCCCCACGACUGGCCCCGGCCUCUCCCUGUCAGCCCACACAGGACUCUGACGAGCCCCACAAGAGGAAGAAGAAGAGGAAGUGGCACUCAGCUGGAGAGAUGGAGGAGCAGGGAAGUUGUCACAGCCAAUCACAAUCACCACCAAGGUAUCAGAGCUACGAGUCAGACCACUAUUCAGAUAAAUUGGAGAUUGAUGUGUUGUCUUUGGAUGGAGAGGCUUUGGACUCAGACUACCCAUAUUUGGAGGAUACACCCCCUGCUGCCCUGCCCCCAGAACAAACUAUUGCCAGCCCCAAAACUAAAACUAUUCCCAAGACUGGACGACAUCACCCGAAAAAGAAAUCGUAUACAUUAAAAAAAAUUGCCAAAUCUCAAUCCUCCUCUUCCAAUAAAACCAAAAGUAAAGGCCUCUCUUCACUGACAGUCACUUCAGGCCCUGCCUCCACCUCAUCUGGCCUGCCCUCAACAAAGAGAGCCAGGAAGGUGGUGAAGGCAAAAAACCGGGACAAAAGCAGCAGAAAAGAUUUGUCUCACUCUGGCAAAUCAAAGAAAGAAAGUGGAGUUAGUCGGAAAGGCAAGCUUCAGUCAAAAGUGUCUGUGCUAGUGCGUGAGGGUGUGAGCAGCACCACAGGGGCUUCAGUGGGCUCUGGAAAGCUUGGCAUGGAUCUCAUAGGGCCAGGAGGAACAGGAGGGGGGACUGGGAGCUCUGUGGUGGGUGGCUCAAUUGCAGUAGUAUUCUGCAGGGACAAUGAGAGCAGGUCUCCGUUCCUCAAACCGUGCUCGGAGCCCCUAUCACGUAGUAAAGAUAUGGCCAGUAUGGGGAAGCGCAGCAGCCUUGCUGCACCACAAUCCUCAUUGUCCAGUCCUUCAGGACUGAAGUCCAAGAAAACUAAAGCCAGCUCCAUCACAUCCACCUCCUCCUCCGCCUCCUCCCCCUCAUCAUCUCUGACAACUAAGCGCCGUCGUCGCCUAGCCAAGAAGACAAGAGAGAAAGCUGGUGUUUUAAGGUUGACUGCUGGAAACGGAAGCCAAACCAAAGCCCUAUCUGAAGGCUGGGGGGGGGUCUCUGUAGAUCAGUCAGCCAGUGGGGAGGGUAGCAAGUCAGUCAGUCCACAUACUAGCCAAGCUGGCCCUUUACCAUGUUCUUCCUCUUCUUCCUCUUCUUCCUCUUCUACCAGUGUGCUCCCACCCUCCUCCUCCCCCCCGCACACGCCUCCACCCUCCAUGGCUCCUCUACGGGACACCAGGGAGUCUUCCCCAGACUCUCAGACUGUGGACAGCAGCUGUAAAACCCCAGACCUUUCUUUCCUAGCUGAAGACUGUCCAUCUCAAACAAGCCCCACGCUCCAGGCAUCCAGUCCUUCAAGCCUGCCCCCCCCCCAGGGAGCAGGUGUCAGCAUUGCCUUGUCUACACCCACUGCCAAACCCCCUUCCUUAGAUGAUACACCCAAACUCCUGGCCUCCCCUCCUUGCUCAUCCUCUACAGCAAGCUGUGGUCCGACUUCCAUUUCUCUGUCCUCGGCAGACCCCUCCUCCUCCUCUGUGUCUUCCUCAUCUGCUAGUAAGCCUCACCCCCCCCCUCCAGAAUUGUCUGUCCUCCCCUGGAGUCUGCAGACCGGAGUAGACUGUACCACUGGAGGAGUCCUAGCAUUGACUGCUCUGCUCUUCAAAAUGGAGGAGGCCAAUAUCGCCAGCAGAGCGAAAGCUCAAGAGUUCAUUCAAGCAACAAGCCAGAUCCUCUCGCAGGCCAAUCAGAGCCAGGCCCAGCAGCUGGCUCCUCCCUCCUCAUCCUCACAGAUCCCCCCUCCUCCCUCUCUUUCCCUCCAUUCUGGUCCGAGUCCAGCCCAGUUCAUCCUCCACAGCUCCAAAACCCCCCCCCCUCUCCUUCACCCCUCCAUAGGUGGUGGGUGUGCACAGACCCCGCCCUUCAUCAUGCCUGGGGAGCUGUCCGGCCUCACUGGGAGCUUUGGAGACACUGGCUGGGACCUUGAGAGUAAAGACCCUGAUAAGUACCUGAAGAAGCUGCAUACCCAGGAGCGGGCAGUGGAGGAAGUGAAGCUGGCCAUCAAACCUUACUAUCAGCGCAAAGACAUCAACAAGGAUGAAUACAAAGACAUCCUCAGGAAAGCAGUGCAUAAGAUUUGUCACAGCCGCACUGGGGAAAUCAACCCUGUCAAAGUCAGCAACCUCGUGAAGCUGUACGUCCAGCGCUACAAAUACUUCCGGAAACAUGGACGCAAAAUGGAUGAGGAAGAGAGAGAGGACAGGGAGCCAGGAGCAGUGCAUUCCUCUGCCUGAUACAAGACUCUGACCCUCACCGCCGCCUUCUUCUCUUUUAUUGUUGUCAUAGCCAACUUUUACAUGCUUUUUAUCUUAUCUCUAUGAUCUCACUGUAAAUAUGUCUUUCAUAGAAAAUGUAUCAUGUAUACAAUGUUCGGGAAGUAGUUCCUAUCAUGUACGCCCCUGUGAUGUAAUACGGCCCGGUACACCUACUUUGCAAUAAAUUCUGCCUUUGUGAAGCUCAUAUUUGAUUUAGUUGACACUGUCCAUGAGAAGCUUCGCAGUGGUAGCACUAAUUGCAAGGCUUUUUUCAACAGCAUUGGAAAAGAUGUUCAUAAUACUUUGUCUACCCCUUCACUGUGUAUCAAAUAUAAAACCGAGAUGAGAUGUAUACCCAGUUACACAUACCAAACGAUGUUGUAGAAUAUUGUAAGGACACAGUGGCGGUUCUAGCUGAUAUGGCGCCCUGGGCGGUGCACCUCCAAAAUUACACAAAGGACUUUCCAGUACAAUUACCUUUGAGGUGUUUGCUAAAUGAAGUUGACUGUUAAUUGUUAUAGUGGUUGUUUAUAACAUUUUUAUUGCAGGGCUCCACAUUAUCGUUCUGAAGUAAGACGGUUUGAAAUGAUUCCAAUGUUUGUUGCUGAACUGACGACGAAACACAGGCAGCUAACAAACAGCAAUGGAGUUGAGGUUACCGGCAUCAUUUAAUGGAAAGCUUAAUAUAGCCCAACUAAAUAAAUGAGAUGUUACGGGUGCAUGCUACAUACCUUUA